AUGGCGCUCAAUCAGCUGGUGAGACGGGCUUCGGACAUCUUCCGCUUACCCGCGAUUCUCCGAGAAUCGGAAGAUGAUCGGGGUAGGAGACGGAGCGCUCCGUCGCCCGAACACCUGCGGAAGAUCGCCAACGCUCUCGAUGGUGAAAUAAUUUUCUGCAAGAACAACGUGUGCGUGCAUCCUGCGCAAUCCUCCACCGGUAUCAUCGAGGAUGGCAUCAUACACAAGGCGGGAUACUUCACAAUCAAAGCACAGCACGAUCCUGUGAUCGGAUGUAGUCUCCAGCUGACAUGGAUACCGAAUAUUUCGCUGCAGAGAAACCCCAGACAUUUGGAGAAUCGAGGCUCGGCAGGUUCUAUAUAUAACUCGUGUGGCGAAAUCCGGCGUGUCUCCUGCACCAGCUUCGACGAUGCGGCUCUUUCCCCCACGUCUUGCUCCGAUAAGGAAAGUGUUCGAAGUUUUGGCGGUCGGCGCCCGAGUGACGACUUCGAGAUGAACCGGAAAAUUGUCCAGGAGUGGCGGAGCCGCUCCGAUGAUGAUUCUUCCGAUUCGGACUCGAUUACCUCGGACGACUUGGCGACCAUGUCUUGCGAGCGACCGGGAAACGCUGUCUUCGUUGGAACCGGUGGAGAGUCAGUCGAUAAUGAAAAAGUUUUCUCAAAUGCCACGACGUGCUCUGAUAUCGCACAGUUCGACGUUGCCGACAAAGAGAUUCCCAACGAUGUGCAAGCUCCCGAUUCCGGUAUCGGACCCGAGGAAGUCACGGCCGCGCUAGAGUCGAUGAUUUCGGACCUAAACCAGCUGGAGGACGAUUGGUUAGAAAAGAAAGGCUCCGUAACGCCGGAAAUCCAUGUGAUCAAGAGUGAAGAUAUCCAGCCGGUAUGCAAUCAGAGCGACGAGCAACAGCAGCAGUCGCAAGACACGGCCGGAAUCGACGUCAACGUCAAACUGCUGACUCGCUCCAACACGAACUCCAGUAUAUCGGCGUCAACAUUGAGCAAUCGAGAUCCGAAUUCGAUACGCUCAACACCCGUCGGGAGUCCCGAAAGCAGUCCGCAAACCAUAAGGAAGAAAUACGUCAUAGUCGAGGGCACUCCGGAAGAAUUCGCUAGACGCCAUAAUCUCUACUUCCCCGAGCCUACGUCUACAAAUUCUUCUCGAUGCGUCACUCCAUCGAAUCCCACAAACAACGUUUUCUCGGUGGAUCUCUCACAAAUGAAGUCGAUGAAGCUAUUUUUCUCAAAUGUUGACGCUACCUGCGGCCAGCUGGUGAUCGCUUCGAGAGAGAGCCAGUACAAGAUCUUCCACUUCCAUCACGGGGGCCUCGAUAAGCUUGCUGAGGUUUUCAAGGAUUUCGACUUCCUCAUGAAAAGCCGGACCGAGAGGAUCCGAGAAGAUAAAGAGCGCAAAACGAUUUCUCAAUUCUUCAUCUUCAGUAAACCCCGCCUAGCGCCGGAAGAAUGCCAUCCCGAAGAAGACACCGUUCCGAUGUGCGACUUCGAUUUUUGGUUCAGCCACGAAAACGAGGAUGGCGUCUUCGAGAAUGAGAUCGGAAUCCGGAAAGCCGUUUUUUUCCGAGGUGUGGAACCGGGAAUCCGGAGACACGUUUGGCCUUUCCUGCUCUACGUUUAUUCAUUCGAAUCCACCCAAGAGGAGCGCGACCGGAUUCGGACGGAUAACUACGUAAUGUAUCAGGACAUCCGACGACGACGAAUUCUCAUGACUGCGGAGGAAAAAGACAAAUUCUACAAGGACUACGAAUGCACCAUUGAAAAGGAUGUCGUCAGAACCGACAGGAGCAAUCCAUUCUACGCCGGUGAGGACAACAUGAACGUGGAGACCAUGAAAGAGAUCCUCCUCAAUUACGCAGUUCACAAUCCGAAAAUCGGUUACACUCAGGGCAUGUCCGAUCUGCUCGCGCCGAUUCUAUCGGAGGUUCACGAGGAAGCGGAAGCGUUCUGGUGCUUUGCGGGUCUUAUGCAAAGAACGUCGUUCGUGUCGUGUCCAACUGAUGUCGACAUGGAUAAUAAUCUGAACUACCUCCGAGAACUGCUGAAACUUUUCUGUCCGGCAUUCCACAAGCAUCUGUCUCAACAUCUCGAUGCUCUGGAGCUUCUUUUUGUGCAUCGUUGGAUUCUGUUAUGCUUCAAACGGGAAUUCCCAUCGGACCAGUCGCUGCUCGUUUGGGAAGCGUGUUGGUCGCAGUGGCUGACCACGUUUUUCCAUUUGUUCGUCUGCGUCGCCAUAAUCUGUAUUUACGGUCAGAACGCCGUCCACCAAAAUAUGACCCUGGAUGAGAUGCUGCUGCACUUCAGCUCAUUAGCAAUGCACAUGGACGCCCGUACAGUGCUGCGAAAGGCUCGCGGUCUCGUUUAUCAGUUCAGAUCUCGACGGAAGAUCCCCUGCACACUCGUCGCGCUCUGUAGUCAAUCUAGCGGCUUCGACUCAACGUGGGACUCGCACAGCAUCCCAUCCGUCGAAUGCGUCUGCCCCGGUUUCCACGAAACCGGAGUCUGCGUCAAUCGGAGAGAUCUCGAGGAUUUCUGAUCCAGGUUCCAGCCGCAGUCGCCAGAGCUCGACGCGGCUCCAAACUAUUCGUGCAUGCUGCCCAAAUUAUCAUGCGCGGUCCGGCUUCGAUAAAUGAAUGACUGGAUGGUGGAUAUAUAUAAACUUCGAUGAAUGUCGACCCAUUCGCCAGAAGUUGGCGAUACAGUUGUGAUUUGAAGCAUUUCGAAGCAGAUAAUCGAUAGAUGGAAAC